AUGAAGAUGUUGGUUUACGGGGCUGAUGAUGCAGGCAACAAGAUUACGGGGCAAACUGAGGUGAAUGGCUGUGGGUUCCCUGCUCCACUGGACACGUCGCGUCAUUGGUGCUGGGGCAAGAGGCGUUUAUUGAUCAAGAAACAAGCUACCGAAGUUUGCCACGCAGUGGAAACGAAGACGAUGAACGGGCGCUACGCGUUGGACGCCGAGGGUGACCCAAUCUACGAGUUCAUCGCGGCCCCCAGGCUGAAGAGCUGCGAUCCACCGGCCCUGGUGAAGUGGAGCCGCGACAGAUCCCACUACGAGUCGCAGAUGCGCGCGCGUUGCGCGGUCACGGCUGAGACGUACGAGAAUAUGCUGGAGACUAUGGCCACGUACAUCCUGGGCAAGCCUUCCGGGGAAGUGACGGAUGAGGACCUGCGUGGUCUAAUCCAGGCGCGAUGUGAGACGAUGGACGGAGGGAACAUCCCUGACCUGCGCGCCCUAUUUCGAGAGACCCUGGUGAUGGAUAUGAAGAUCGACGAUGCAGAGGCUCGUGUUCUGACAUACUUCCAGGACUUCAACAAGCUGGUGCAGGAGAAUCGACUGCAAAGCUGGAUCGGACGCGGCGACUCCACCGAUGCAUCAUCGUUCAAGACCCGCAUGAACACUCGGUGCACCCUACUGGUCGAAAAUGUGCAGCCAGUGAUGCUGCGGACGCAAAUCCAGCGUCUGGUGGAAUUUGAGGCUCGAGCGUGCCGGAGUGAUGACCGUGCUCUCUACAAGCUGAUCACACAUGAGAUGAAGGUGCAGCGCGACGGCUCCAAGCGCGCGACCCCGACGGUGAAGGAGAAGAAGGAAACACCGAAGAAGUCGCCAGGACGCACGGCUGAUCAUCCCCGGAAGGCGGCGCCGUCUGCACCACGCAAUGGGUGUUUGAGCUGUAAAGGACCGCAUUGGGUCAAGGAUUGCCCGAAUCUGACGGAGGCGCAGCGCAAGAAUGUGCUGGACCGCUUGCAAGAGAAGAGGAGCAAGCAAGCUGAUGGUGGUGGCACCCGUGCGCUACAUGUCGGCCUCGGAGCAGAUAAUGAGGGGGAAACGCAGGUGCAGCUAAAUGGCCUAAUCACGGUGCCACUCAUGGCCGACAGUGGCUCGGACUGGACGAUCGUACCGUCGGCCGUGCUGGAGGAACUCCAGGCACUGCAACUGGACUUACACGCGAAGGAUCUGUCUGGCGGAUGGCACCAAGGUGGAAUGUGUGACUAG